AUGGCGGACUCUAACCCUUCAUGGCAAGGCCGGCCAGGCCAGAAACAUCCCUCCCCGCCAAAUGCCAACAGUCCUCUCUCCCCUGCCAGCGGAGGCAGCAACCCAAUCUCCUUUCGGCCUAAUGUGAAUCGUGCAAAGACAAAGCGCUGGGUAGAAGCAAAGCAAUAUUCAUACGACGGUGGGGAUUGGGGUUCUGAAGAAGAGGAAGAAGAAGAGGAAGAACAGCCCCCUGCCGUGCCUCGGCCCCCGUACGCCACCGAACGAACCACUAGCUCGUCGGAGCUGAGCUCCAGACGCUUGUCCGGAAUCGGAUUUGGAGGUGACGAGUCGCGAGGAAGCCCAUCUACCGAAGUCGGGACGAACCCUGCGGCAGGCGAUCAAAAGAACCUGCCCUUCGUCAGGCCCGCCGACAUCUACAGACGGAUGGACGAUCGAUCCCCGCAACAGGACGCGACUACUAGUCCAAAAGCUCCUGAGCCUAUGCAAAGCGCCGCGCCAGGAGCGUUCGGAGCUACAGCUUCUACCACAACACAGAACGCGCCCUCCAUGGGACUGCCUGAGGUCAAGCGCAUCUCUGGGUUCGGAACUGAUUUCUUGAGUGGUACUGACUUUAACCAGCAAACCCCAAGCUCCGAACAGCCGCCUCUGCAGCACAACCCCUCUCAGGCCUCCGAUUCUUCUCAAGGAUUCCGAUCGGUGGUCCACCAAGCCUUCGAUGUUCCGGAAACUCCAAACUCCACUGCCGGCAGUGUGGCUCGUUCCAACAGCGAUGGUACUUCUGUGAUUAGCCCUAUUAUGGGCCACCGUGCAAUGACUGAUGACAAAACUCCCACAAUUCCUGAGGAGCCUCCAGACACUAGUACCCCUACUGCACAGGAUGGCGCAGGCGAGGCACCAUUUUUCAAGCCUGGUCAUAGGCGCGACAUGAGUCUACCUGAGCGUGACAACAGCCCUUCCAGGCGACCUGUCGUGACUGACCAUGAGGCUCCCUCAGCUGGCCAAGCGGAAAUCGCCUCGGUGUCUCCGGGUCAAGAGAAUCGAUCGCCUGAGCGACCAGCAGAUAAUGCUGGGAUCCCUCCCACGAUCCCGCCUUCCCAGACUCAUGAUGGCGCAUUUGUUGCUCCCUUGAAGUUUGGUAGUGCUGGUACUUCUACAUCUGAAGGCUACCGCGGUAGCAUCCCCACUAUUGUGGGCGCGAAUACCUCGCCCGAUGACGACGCCGAUAACGACCGACUUCGGGAGGAGAUUAUCCGUUCGUUGAGCAGGGAAAAUUCUCAAGAACCCGAAGAGCAACCCCAGACAGAAGGAUCUAGGGAGAAAUCCAUCCCGAACCAGUAUGAGAAGAGCUGGGAUGGCCAGACUGGACCUAGUGAUGAAACACCCAGACAACUUGUCUCUGAGUCGCACCCGGACUGGGCCAGCACUCACCCUCUUGCCUCUCGGGAUCCUUAUGCCGCAGCCUCCCAAGAGGCUCAAUCUACCGCAGUCGAGCAGCCUACGAAGCCUAAGCUCGGCAGGCGCUUCUCAUGGGAAUCAUCGUCGUCGGGUGAACCUGCGCAGAACCCCAGUAUCCAAGUCCCUCAUUCUGAGGGAUUGGCAGCGCAAGCACCGGAGCCCAUCGCGGAUGGUUUUGAGGGCCGUCCCCCGUCUCAAGGCCUAUUCGCAGAGGCCCCAGUGACAGACGGUGAAGUGUCCGGCUCCGAGAGUCAUAAGGCUGAGAGGCCCAGACUUUCCAUCGUGCCUCCAGUCUCGCAGAGCACCACCCCGCCUGAGCAAAUUAUUCCUGCGCCGGAGGGCUCUCAGCGAGAUCUAACUCUCCCGGCCAAUCUCGGAUCCUCGUCUAUUGACGAGACCAAGCUUCAAGGUUUCCGCGAAAUUCUCACGAUCACGACCCCUGGCGCUCGGAUUCGAGCUUUUGAUGAGACCAGAAAUCAGUUUGCGGCCCUUGACACGGGCUUGAACCACUGGCUCCAAGUCACGCUUCGUGAUCAGCCGCAGCAUUCCGACCUGGUUCAGGCCAGCCAGAACGUGUCGUCCGGAUUCCCCAAGGCUUCGCCUACCACUCGCCGAUUCCCCAAACUGCCAACCCUCGGAAACUUGGCUGCGUCUCGAGAAGAUGGUACUCCUACCAAUCCCAGCCAUAUCAGACGCCCGUCUGGCCACAUUGGAACUAUUGUGAACAGACAAAACGUUGAGCAGCGUGGAAAGGACUUCCUGCACACUGCGGGCACAUUUGGUGGAAAGGCUGGUGAGGCUGCUAAGGGACUAUUUGCCAAGGGGCGAAGCAAAUUUCGACAAGGUGGAAACGACAAGGUUCAAUCACCUUCUGCCCGCAAAAGCCUGCAGUUCCAGUUCUCUUUCCAGUCGGAUUCGCCCAAUUCGACUGGCCACUCUGGUAAAAAGCCCCGACGCAAUUCUCUCAACUUCAACAGUCUGCCCGUCUUCAAGUUUGGACGUGAGGACAAGUCCUCCACGAAAGAUCCUGCUUCCAUAGAGGAUUCGCAGGUGGGAACUGAGCGUUGGGGCAAGCGCCCUAAAUCGAAUGGAACUUUGGAUCUGUUUCGCUGGCAGAAUGAGAAUGAAGAAAAUAAUUCCAAAGGAGGCGGUGCUGGAGAUUCUGAUCUUGUGAGCAAUUUUGAACAAGAGAUGAAUACUGCGUUGGGUCUUUCUCCAACGGAAACUCGCGCGCAGCAGACCCAGCCGGCAAUCGUUGAGCCUGCUCAACCUGCCCAAUGGACUCCGCGUGAUGUGGACUCGAGCAGAGCUGCAAAUGAUACAAAGGGUCUACAGCCGCCGUCGCGAGAUGAGUCGGCUGUGUCUAGCGACGAGGCCGAGGCUAAUACGUACCUCACCUCACUGCCACUAGGUGAAUUUCCAGAUCCUGAGAAGGACCUCCCACUGCCACCUAGCGAGCGUACCGAUGACUCUGCUUCUUCUGAUGCAGCAGACCUUCCGAGUCGAUCUGGGGUCGAGGUAUCUCAUACCACUAUUCCGUCAAUUCGUGCAGUGCCUCAGGAGGACCAAGAAGAUCUCAAGCCACAAACUCCGCCGAAAGACCUACAACCCAAAGGCAACGAGUCAAAGGACUUGCCACUAGUUCCACCAAAGGAUGAUCUUCCUGAAAAUCCUCUUGGCUCUCAGGGAACCCAGGGCCCGUCUAAGUCUCCUCAGCAUGCGCUGCGGCUACCAUCCGUCUCAACCCUGGGCGAAAAAGAGAAAGCCGAAAUGCACUCCUCUGAAGAGCAAGUCAACACACCCCCUUCUCCCGUCCAAGCCGCAACAGACGACAAGCAUGAUCCCGAGCCCGAAGCCGCCGUCUACGGCAAAGCCAUCGCCCCAGCCAGCGUAUCUCGCACAUCCCUACCGCACGACGAAUCCGGAUUCACAGGACUGGACCCUCUCCCACUCCGAGCCCCAAGCUCGCAAGAAAUCCUCGAAUUCAAGCGUCGAUCCAUCAGCGGCCUACCUCCAUCCGCACCGGGUGUUCAGAGCCCGCUGAGAAACGAAGUGAGAUAUUCCCCCGGAACGCGAAGCAGCAUGAUGAGCUUCGGUAGUUUCGGUCGUCGAAGUACCGGUAACAGCAAGGGGACUCGUCCCAAUACGCCUGGCAAUGAUCUGGCGCAGCAGAGUUCGUCUGGCUCUGCUCAAAAUGGCGAAUCGAAGAUGGAUAAGCUGAAGGAAUUUGGACGACGGCGCCGCGCUUCGGUGGGGUAUCUCCUGACUGGUAUUCAAGGGGAGCUGCAGGGUGGAAUUCAGGGUCUACAGGAGAAGAGUCAGAAGAAACGCACUUUUAGUCGGAUUAGUGGUUUCUUUGGUCGUCAGCAGGACUCUCAGCCAUCUGAAAGUAAAGUUGAGGAGCAAAGGAAGACGGAUCAGGGUCCAUUGGAUGUUAAGGCUCUGCCGACACUUCCGAAUAACAAUCGGUCUUCCUAUGCCAACGGCUUUACCGGGAAGUCACUCCCAUUAACACCACCCGUUGAAAACGGCAACAUCUCAACACGUUCUUCUAUCGACCGUCCUCGAGCAAGUAUUUCUGGCCCGCCCACUGCAUCCUCGAAUCCAAUGGGAGGCAGCCGGUUCUACUCGCAGCUGAUGUCCGGAGAAACCCAGGCGAAUCCCCAACACACCCGGUCCAGAAGUCAGCCCUUGAUGAUGGGCCAACCGCUAUCACCAGUAGCCCCAUCGGUAUCAGAGAGUGAUUCGAACCCCUCGCCUCCUCUCCCGGGUUUCAACGAACUCGAAGAACAGUUAUCACCAAAAGAAGUGUCACCCCCUCCAUCCGUUCCUCCGAAAUCACCACAACUCGAACAGUCCCAACCCCAAGAGCAAAGCAAGACCGAAGAAAGACCUGAACCCAACACCUCUACGGACUCAACCCCUAUCCGAUCUCGCAAACCCCUAGACUCAGCAGAGCCCACAAACAACCAACCCGAGCCCAAAAACAUCGUCGUCUCCGGCUCCUCCCUCCUCUCCAACCACCCCACCCGCGACAGCGAAGCACGCAUGCUCAACGAGACUGAGCCCGUUGAGCUUGCGUUGAAGGAUGACUCGAGUGAGGAGAUUGUAAUGUCUCCGACUGCGUAUCCGGGUCAAGAGUGGACGCCGAUGCACUAUUAG